AUGCCACCGGACAGAUCUUCAUUCACGGCAUUGAAUUUGCCGGCCACUUUCUCACUCCCUCGAUGCAUGGAAUAUUUCACCCUCACUGCCGGCCCCAACACUGAUCUUUGGCGUAAGCCGCCGAACGGGGAUACCUCCACGGCACCGAUUGUGUUCACCUCGCUGCGAGGUCCGUUUGUGGUUGCAGAAGUGACCGUCAGUGCAGAAUGGGAGAUGGAGUGGGAUCAAGGCGGGUUGGUUAUUUUCGCCGGUGCCACACCCCAGUCUUUCUCCUCGGAAAGUGUUCCGCUGACACCGGAGACACGAUCAAGUUGUCCUGGUCUCCCCUCGCCCACACGACCUUGUAAAUGGGUCAAGGCGGGAAUGGAGUUCUGCUCAGGGACCAUGAAUGCCUCGUCGGUCAGCGCCACGGCAGAUGGAGCGGACUGGUGCCUGUCGCCGCUGGACUUGUCGGAUAGGGGUCCGGCAGGUAUGAAUCCCUUGCGUAUCAAGAUGGAACGCGUUGGACAUUCGCUCUGGAUCUGGUAUCAGGUUCCUUCGGCGUCUCCGUACGCAAGAACCCCGAGUGUGGUCAGUAGCACGUGGAAAAAGCUGCGCGAAGUAACCUGGUUCUUCUAUGGUGUCGAGGACAAGUUCAUCCAUGUGGGGGUAUAUGCUAGUCGACCCAACAGUCUCACUCGCAGCGAUACGAUGUGGGAGAUCAUGAACAGACCGGCCCUUGAGAGAGCGGCCGGUGUGGGUGAAGGGCUGGUGGUGGAAUUUGAAGAUUUGGAGAUAUUCUAG